CAUCAGCGGGCAAUAUGAAAGUAACAAAUAAUAACCGCGCACAUUAACUUAUAUGUAGUUACAUUUACUUCAUGAGACUCAAAGUAGUUUUUGAUGCAGUUCAAGUGUGAGUUUGAUACUCUUCUUGAAGAAUCGUGUUCAAAUUUCUCCGUUCGGUACUGCUUUUGUUGGCUGUCCUGCAAUUUCAGUGAGUGUAGUAGUGUCAAGCGCGCAAAAAUGUUCAAUGAUUUCAAAUACGAAAUAGCAUAUUAAUGCUAAAGUAUCUUCUUAAAAUGUCUUUAUUACACCAGCCAGAACAUGUUGAUGAAGAUAACGUUUUAGUUGCUACAUUAGACAGUGUCAAAGUUUUAUUACAGUUAUUGAAGGCUAUAAAUUUCAGAGAGUGUGGAAUUAUAUUUGCUACAGAAAAAGGACUGAAAGUGACUGUUGAAGAUUCUAAAUCUAUUCAAGCUAGUGCAUUUAUUUCCGAAGAUGUGUUUGAGACCUACACACUUAAUGCAGAAGAAGUUGUUUUUAAGAUUAAUUUGAAUGUUUUAAAAGAAUGCUUGAAUAGUAUGUCAUCUAGCAACUACAUUGCACUGAAGAUAUCUUACAAAGGUUAUGGAGAUUCUCUUCGACUAAUCAUGUCACAAGGUAGUUCAAUAACAGGCUGCAGUAUCAAGACCAUGGAGCCAGAGCAGAUGCUUGAUUUCCACACAGGAACCCUCAACAUUAUUAAUAAAGUAAUGUUACGUUCAGAAUAUUUGAAAGAAGUCUUUAAUGAACUAGAUCCAAUGGCGGAAUAUGUAGAGUUCAUAUUAUCACCAAACACUCCUUACUUUCGUUUAUCCACACACAGUAUAGGAGGAGAUUGCAGGGUUGACAUACCAAAGGAUUGUGAUAUGAUUGAAUCAUUUCAGUGUACAUCUCUGACAGCUGCAAAGUACAAACUGAGUCAUAUCAAGCCAUCUUGUAAACCUCUUUCACUGUCUCAAAAAGUUUCAAUUUCAACGGAUGAAAGAGGACUUUUGUGCUUUCAGUAUAUGAUUAGAAUUGAGAACUAUAAUGGUUACAUAGAAUACUAUUGUACUCCAAUAGUGGAUUCUUAUGAUGAUUGAUCAGGGGCCAUCAACAAAGGAAUCUGAAGAUACACUUUGUUUAUCUUUUAUCUUAUUUGUGUUAUUAAUAGUGAUAUUUUAAUGUUAAUCUUUGAAUAAUUAGUGUCAAGAUUCAGAUAACGACUAUUUGAUUUGAUGUAAUAUUCAUUGAAAUGAGUAGGUUCUUAAAGAAUGAACAUUGUUUAUGACAUAUCAGUAAAUAAUUACUAUUUAAUGUUAGAACUUGAAUAAAAUAGAAACAAUUGUAUAAUGAAUAAUUCUUCCUGAGAAGGUUUUAGUAACAAUUUUAAAAUGUGUAAUCAAUUAUACUUUGGUGUCGAUAUAAGAUUUGAUAUAUUUUCAAAAGACAUCUUAUUGUGAUAUUGAGUGAAUGUAAUAGUAUAUUGUAAGAUCAUGUUGGAUGUACUAAGAAUUGACUAAAUUAAAAGAAGAAAUAAUACAUUAUUGUUUUCUUUCUUUUCCACAGUAAGUAAAUGGUUGAAAAAAUAAAUUA